GGCUGUGCGGAAUACGUGAAGAAGCUUCAACGGCCCAACCGAGGAGAGAGAGUUCUAAAUUUCUAAUAGACACCACCACGCGUUUUGCCCCUUCCUCUGCUCUGCUUCAAAGUGCUCUCUCUCUCUCUCUCUCUCUCUCUCCAUUUGACGAAAUGUGAUAUCUCUCUGUAGAUUCACCAGAUUGGCAGACUCCAUGAGAUCUCUCUUCUUCUUCUUCUUCUUCUUUCUUCUGGAUUUCUCUCUCUAGCUUCAGCAGAUCUGGUUACUGUAUUCAAGCAUAGAGUUAUUCAGGUUUUGGAUUUGGGAAGCCCUAACAGAGGAUUGGAUUUGGAGCUUGGAUCCAAUUCGAAUUUGACUAUGUCGUCGAGCAAGGGCUCCAGCCGCCUGUUCACGAUCGGGCUGGUGGCCUCCUGGUACUCCUCCAACAUUGGGGUUUUGCUGCUCAACAAGUACUUGCUCAGCAACUAUGGCUUCAAGUACCCCAUCUUUCUCACCAUGUGUCACAUGACGGCUUGCUCUCUCCUCAGCUACUUCGCCAUUGCCUGGAUGAAGACGGUGCCGCUGCAGACGCUUCGAUCGCGCGUCCAAUUCUUCAAGAUUUCCGCUCUCAGCCUCGUCUUCUGUGCCUCUGUCGUUAGCGGCAACAUCUCGCUCCGGUAUUUGCCUGUGUCUUUCAACCAGGCCAUUGGCGCCACCACGCCGUUUUUCACUGCCGUCUUUGCUUAUUUGAUGACGUUGAAGAGGGAGGCCUGGCUUACUUAUGUCACCCUCAUUCCUGUUGUUACUGGUGUGAUAAUCGCCAGCGGGGGUGAGCCAAGUUUCCAUCUUUUUGGAUUUAUAAUGUGCAUUGGUGCUACGGCUGCAAGGGCACUUAAAUCAGUUCUUCAAGGGAUUUUGCUUUCUUCCGAAGGGGAAAAACUUAAUUCUAUGAACCUCCUCUUGUACAUGGCUCCAAUAGCUGUUGUAUUUCUACUUCCUGCAACACUCUUCAUGGAAGAAAAUGUAGUCGGCAUUACCAUAGCCCUUGCGAAAAAUGAUAUCAGGAUUAUUUGGUAUCUGCUCUUCAAUUCUGCCUUGGCAUAUUUCGUUAAUCUAACCAAUUUUCUGGUCACAAAGCAUACAAGUGCUUUGACUCUACAGGUACUAGGAAACGCGAAAGGUGCCGUGGCAGUGGUUGUCUCAAUCUUAAUAUUCAAAAAUCCCGUCUCAGUUACUGGAAUGCUCGGCUACACCCUUACAGUCAUUGGAGUAAUCCUAUACAGCGAAGCCAAAAAGCGCAGCAAGUGAAAUAUUAGUUCGGAAGAUGUUCGCUGCAAAUUCCAUCUGUUCUUUUGUUCUAUAUGCCAGCCAGGACAGGGGCAGCAAGUGCAUGUCAUAUUGUUGAGGUGCUGUCAUGGUAGAAUCUGCUCCCCUCUGAAUUUUAUUUUUUUGCCUGGAGACACGAAGAGCCUGUUUCCACCUGUAUCACAGCAACCAACUUUCCCUCUGUAUUAGCAACAGUCAUCACAUUACUUCAAAUAGAAAGUUUUCACAAUUAACUGAUUUGUAGCUCAGCUUUGUUCUUCCCAUAUUGUGGGGGUUAUGAAGGAAGAAAUUUUUUGGCUUCCAUUCUUUCAGGACAAGAUUGUAGAAUUGAACUGAACCUACACGGAAUGUGACUAAAUCAUAACUAAAAUUGGUUAGUUA